AUGUUGGAGCUACAGAUCACAAAAUUGGACACAGAAGAGCUGGAAUCACCACCAGGGCUAGUCUCGAGCAGUGGUACACGUUGCGUGGACGCACUUACGAUAUAUGACGGGUACAAGUCAUUCUCACCAAUACUAGCGCACGACAUUUGUGAAGACACAGUACGAUCGCCUUUGCCAUUGGUGUAUCACACUUCGCACAAAGUAGCUCACGUCUACUUCGAGAGCGAUAUGAACGGCUCGGGAAGUGGCUUCGAGCUCAAGUAUCGAUCGAUAAAACCCGAUUGCGGUGAUUGGUUGGUGGCGACAAGUGAAUCGCAGUCCUACACUUAUCAGAGUAAACAGAAUAAAGAUAAAACACAAUGGUCAACGAGAUCAACGAUGCAAUGGGUUAUCAAUCCAAGUCCGCAAACACCGAUAAUGUGUUACAGUGACGAAUUCUUUUUCUUUUCAGCACUCGUCAAGUUCCCUUCAGCUGAUGGCGAUUGUUCCGAUGCGUUCAUCGAAAUUCGCGACGUGGGCCUGAUCUCCAAAUGUCAACAUCCAGCUUGUGCCAAGGAAAGCAGCGACAGAAAA